AUGGAGAGGGGAGAGUUUUACCGAAAGUACCAGGAGUACUACCAAAAUGACAUUAACCAGAUUCCGCCGCUAAUCGAGGGAAUUGACAUCGAGCUGUAUGAUCUGUAUUUGAGCGUGCUGAGCCAUGGGGGCUACUCCUGUGUUAGUAGAAAUUCUAAGUGGGUUAAAAUAGCAAGAGAGUUUGGGCUCAUCAAUAAGGAGAAAAAUAUAAAACUUAUAGAAGACAUAAAAUGUAUUAAGGAAUACUACCUGACCUAUCUGAGAGAAUUCGAAAGAAUCCAUGAUAACAUAAAAAAGGGAAAGGUAUCCCCGAAGAAGGGUCGGAUAGCCAAAGCUCCCAGCAGUUUUGAUCUGAGGUAUAAUAAAAAAAUAUCUAUUAGUAAAGGUAACAACAGGAAGGUGAAGACAGAGACACACAUUCCCAAUUUGCGACACGCAGGACAAUUAGAUGGUGUGAACAUCCCCGGGGGGAUGGUACAUCCGGGGGUCAUUAAUAAUGCGGAUCAUUUAAUGGGAAGUGUGAAAGGUUCCUGGAAAGGGUUACACACAUAUGGUAGUAAUGGAAGCGUGAAUCCCACUUAUGUGGACGCUUAUAAUAUGAGCAGCCCCCCAGAUAGGCUGUGGAAGGAUAGUAUGUGCCAAAAUGGAAAUGCCUACUGUUUGGAGGACUACCUCAAUGGAAAUGCAAACUGGUAUGGUGGAGAGAGGAUGCGGGCCCAGAUGAGCAUGAGGAGCAGUCGAGUUGAAAGGGGCAAAACUAGAGGCAGCCACAAGAAGGGGCUCACUAAGAAGCGCAGCUUUAAUACGGAAGGGGACUUCCCCGACUUGGACAUGCCUCCGAUGUGCUUGGCGGAUUAUAACCUCGCCAAUUAUGGGGCCUACGUGAAUUAUGCAAACGGGGGGGGGGUUCCAAACGGGGGAGGCUUCCCCAAUUACCAUGUGAGUUCUCUUCACGACAUGAAUGGGGGCGCAGGAGGAUAUUACUACUACGGUGGGGAGUUACCCUAUGCCGUCGCGGCGACGUUCGAACAGAACAGUUACAUGGAUCCGAGCUCAAUGAGCCGGGGAAAGUACCUUCAUAACAGUGAAGUGGUCAGCACGAGCGAGGUGGGUGCGGGGGGAAGUGCAAUUGACCGAAGCGCAAUUGAGAGAGUCCCAAUUGACGGAAGUGCAAAUAUGGGGAAUUAUUUCUUUAACCAUGGAGCAACCGGCUUUGUUGGGGUCCCUCACCCCAUGGGCAACUCGCUGGAAGGAUACAAUUACGCGGGCGCCUCCCCUCCAGGAGGUUUCGUUUCGAGCGGCAUGGGAGGCAGUGGCGCGAAUGGGGCGAAUGGCGGUGUGCACCAGGGGGUGAACUACGGGUGCAAUUAUGGAGGCGACUACUACCAGGGUUACUACUCCCCCUAUGACGGAAAAGCAAAUGAGAAGUUGAUGGUGGGAAUCGGCGGGCGGACAAACCUCCUCUCGUUGGAAGGCUACCCAGCCUCAUUGCCAUACGGUCUGCAGGUAAGGAACGACAUCAGCAUGGACGCCAGGAACUGCAUCGACAUAUACAGGAUUCUAUUAGGACUAAACAGAAGAAAAGAAAAAGUGGCAGAUUUUAUAUUAUGUCUCAACGUUCUGUAUACCCUAUCGGUCACCAAUGAUAUGUCUCUAUCGAGGAAGCAAAUUAAUAUAAUCAUCUCUAUGCUGUUGCAAGUACUGGACGAGAUGCUCAGCAUCUUUUACUCCAAGGUCAGAAUGAAGGAUAGGGCUCUGGAGAUAAUGGUAAAAAGUUUUAGCGAUUAUUUAUCAAACCAGAAUGGGUGGGCGGCUGGGAAGGGGUAUAUGACACUGGGUGGUGAUGAUCACAGUGGCUUCGUGACCACUAGGGAGGGUAAGUACCCCAUGGGAUGCGGCGUAUGUUCAGCACCGGGGGGUGAUAAUUUGGACUUUAAAGGGGGAAAAACUCUGGAGGGAUCCCCCCAGGGGGAGAGAAGCGCCAUCAUGGGGACGGUCCUAAGUGAAGAAGUAAACGUGAGCGAGAUAGCCCGUUUGUAUUUAUCCUACAGUGGAUACUGCCGUGAUAAGAGGCGGAAAAUCAGGCACGCGGGCAGGUCGUCCGGGGAGAUGGGAAGCCGGUCAGAAGUGACCGACGCACCGGAAGGGAAUGACGGAACCGAGGUAAAUAACGCAACAGAGGCGAAUGACUCAGCAGAGGGGAAUAACUCAGUAGAGGCUAAUAACUCAGUAGAGGCGAAUGACUCAGUAAUGGCGAAUGACUCAGUAGAGGCGAAUGACUCAGCGGGGGUGGAAAACUCGUCGGAGGAAGAUUCCCCCGGGGAAGGAACCAGCACGGCCGACGGCGGAAGCCACUGGGAAGAGGGGCUCCCCUGGAGCUCCAACCCCCCCAGCAGCGUGGACAGCUCGGAUAUAGAGAACAUAAUCAUGGGGGGAACGACGACUAGAGGAGGAAACCAAUCAGCAGAGAGUCUAUACAAAGAUAAAGAGGAAUUGAAAAAAUCUCUCAUAAAAAAAAGCAGCCAAGAAUUUGUCUUCCUAAUCCUAUAUAUAAUGAAUAACAUCUUUCAAACGAGAAAGUAUAACCUUUAUUUUUGUGAUAAAAAAAGUGACGACAUUAAGGAAGGCUUGGUAGCAGAAGAGACAGACAAGAUAGAAACAUCCAGGGGUAGGGACACAACACAAACGGGUGGUAGCUUCGACAAAAUGGAUAUCGGAAAGAUUAAGGAAAAUCUUAAGAGGGAAAAGAUCCCUGAGGGAAAUUCCACUUGUGAUGAUAUGCCUGAGGAGAGUAAAAUGAACGAACUGUGUAAGGACAGCCAAGAGAGUGAUAAAAUAAAUAUCGGUGAUAAUAAUGAUAUAGGUGAAUCGAGUGGGAAGGAUGAUGGAGGGGAGCACUCAACAGGGGUAGGUCAUCUCUUGUGCAGUAGGACUGUCGAUAAGGAGUUCUGGUCAGACGACUCGUCCGAUUCAUCAUCAGGCUGUAGCCUCUGCAGCUACAAGAACGGGGUAGUCAAAAAGGAGGAUCCUCCAAGUAGGGGCAUGACUAGGGGGUAUGGCAAAAUUCUGAGCGAUAAGAAAAAAAUGAUGGAAAGUGGGGGUGAACUGAUCGGGGAAGGUGUUCGUGUGAGUGUGAAGGUUCAAGGGGGUGAAGAGGAGACCAACACCAAACUUUGUGACAGGGGGGAAGCGGCGAGUGGGAUUGGCUGGACGGAGCAGGUAGGUGACGCGGCGUUUCUCAAAGGGGAGGCCAAAUGGCCAAGCGAUCAGGCGAAAUGGCAAAGCGAUCAGGCGAAGUGGCAAAGCGAGCAGACCAAUGUAUGUGAUAAGCGUGAGAACAGCCGCUUGAGCAGUAUCUGCGGUUAUUCUCUACCCCCCAGUAGCGAAAUGCUGCCCAUUCGUGAGGAAGGGUCUUCUCUGGAGACUGCGAAUUUUUCCAUGCCGAAGAGUGAGGUGCCCUUCAUGGCUGACAAGUCGUCAGCUCAUUUAGGAAGUGGAUCCAACGGAGAUGUGAACCAGCACGUGAGGAACAACGUCGAUCAGGAGAAAGCACACGACGUGAAUUGCACCAGGGAGAAGCUUAACCGACAAGGGGGUAACCUGUGCGAUAGUAAUUUCCCCAAUAACGGUUUCGACGAAGCGACAAAUGGAGGUGAAGGUGUGAAGAGCCUCCUGAGCAGGCACAAUAACGAAGCGAUUUCCCGAAAUGACGAUUUUGCAAACGACAUCAAGGUGAAGGAAGAAGGGGGUGCUGCAAAUAGGGUAGUAGACGCGCAAAAGGAUGACCCAUCCAUUCACGAGGACAACAAUGGGGGUACCCCUAAUGGAGGGAGCGGUAUGGGAAUGCAGAUGCACCCCUUGGAAGGUACCAGUACUUCGAGUAGCCACCAUUUAAGUGGCAACCGGAGUGCAGAGAAUUACGAUCGAGGGGGGGACCAAAAGUCUGAUGACGCCGCGCUUUCUCAUGUAGUUAAGAAAGAUUCGGGUGAGACAUCUUCCCCCCAGCAGAUGAGCAACAGCAAUUACGGGGCGUAUCCCGAUCCGGGCAUAGCCGAAAUUAUUACACAGAGUGUGAAUGACCCCGUUUUAGUGGGAAGCACGUAUAACAUGACAAGUCACGUGAACCCACUGGGAGGGGGUGAAGUAUAUGGAGCCCAAUUCGAGAAAACUUACAACAGUCAGGUGAGCGGCAUCCCCCUUGGAGGGAGCCCGUACGCGCAAAAUUCCCCCACAAAUUACGAUGGGCUGAUAAGCGGCCUUUACGCGCCGAACGAAGAUGAUGGGACGAAUGGCCUUCCCGGGGGAGGUACCCAAAUGAGGAAGCAGGAGGAAAUGACAACGCUGAGGGGAGCAGUCAAGCAGGAAAAUAACCGGGUGGGAAAUGUCCAAUGUAUGAACGAAAAUGGGGAAAUCAAUGAGGAGGAGAAAUUCUGCAAAAAAUGUGGCACAACAGGGAUAAACAUCGAGAGGAAAGACAACCAGCAGGACAACCAGCCAGGCAACCAGCAGGACAACCAGCAAGGCAACCAGCAGGACAACCAGGGAAACAAACCGUCAAACAGCCAGGAAGACAACAAGAAGGAAAUGAAGAAAAUUUUUAAAAAUAUGAAAAAGGAGGUAUACGAAGAAAUGAAAAAAAUAUUUCAAGAGAAAAAAAUAAAACAAAACAAACUUCUACACUAUUUUGACAUAAGUAAAUUUUUAAGUAUCUUUGAAUUAAUUUUUUUAAAAAAUUUCGAAAAUAUUAUUUUCCAUGAGAAGGCAAUACAAAAUAUUUACCUGAACAUGUUCAUAUGUGUGGACAUAUUAAAUAACGAAUUAGGAAGAAGCAUUUCUCUCAAGUAUAUAUUUUUUCCUUCUCAGUUUUUGCAACGUAAAAGUAAGUUGAAAAUUACUGCCCUUUUCGAUAAGAAGAAUAAGCUGUUCAUUGAAUCGGAGGUGCACACAGAGGAGUCCAGAUCAUUUUCACACGAGGGGGAUACUCCCAAGGGGGGGAAGAAAACUGAAGGGGAGAAUGUCCAGGAGGACAAAAUAAAUUGUUUCCCUAUCCUUUUGGAGAAGGACACAAAUGGGGAAGACAUCCUACAAAAUGGAUCUGCGGAAAAAACAUCAAUAGGGGAAGUCGAAAGAGAAGAGGAGGAGCCCCCCCCUCCGGUAAUGGCCGGAGGGACAAACCAACUUAGCGGAAUGGAAUACAGGAAAAAGAUAAAAAAACUGUUUUUAAAAAUAUUCCGAAGAAACAACAAAAAAUAUAAUAUUUAUAAAAAAAUUGAUUACGAGUUUUUAAUGAGGAAGUAUAAGUACAAUGGUCCACUCAUUUGUCAAGAGAAGGAGAAGUUUAAAAAAUAUAUCAUCCUUGAUUUGCACGAAAUUACGAAAAAGAUUCUUUUAAAAGUGUAUAAGCGGGUCAAUAGUCACCUGAACAUUGCCAUUUUGUCCUUAAAUAUAUUAACUCACAUUUUGUAUUUAAUUCCGAAGAGGAUGUUGCAUGUGUCUUUUAUUUUCUGGAUUUUAAAUGAAACAAUAAAUGUCAAGUGUGCGUACACUUAUUUAAGUGUCCCUUUGUGCAUUUUGAAUUACAACGGAUUUCUCUUCCUAGAAACGAUGAUGAAGCUCAUCAUUCGCAUGAUUGAGAAUGACGUUAUGCCGUUGCACUCUUAUAUGUUGUCCUUCCUUCGCUUGUGCUCAUUCCCAUUGUAUAUUUAUCUCUAUUUUGAUAUCCCCGUGUCGCACACACUUAUCAUUACCGCCCUGUCCACCUUAUAUCUCCUGGUUACUUACGACCCUGACUUUUUGGCCACAGGCUUCGUUAGUGCGAAAGCCGGCGGGGGGCGUUCCUCUAUGGGAAGCUGCGUCAAGGGUGGCGACGACGCGGCGCACGGGGAGAACACCACCAGCGCCGACCACGUUUGCAAGAAGAGAAGGCUUUCGGAGUUGUCUGUCUCGGGGGAGGGGAGCGGCAAGGAUAGCGGCGAGGACGGCGGCGAGAACAGCGACGAGGUCAAGAGCGAAGUCAAGUGCCAAGUGAAGCACGAAGUCAAAGACGAAGGUACGCCGGAGGAGCCUCGGGAAGAGUCUCGCGAAAACGCGCACGAAGAACUGACAGAGGAGAGGAAGGAGCUGCUCGAAAAAAUCUUUAUCAAAACCAUGUUGCUCUUCCUGAAGAAGUCCAUUUACUUUAAAAGCAUUUUCAACUGCGCCAAUAUAAACGAGAAGGAAGAAAUGCUCGUGGAUAGCAGGAGGGUGCAAGUCAUUUUAAAAAACUGGAGGAUGCAUAGCGAAGAAAUGGAAAAGGAAAAAGAGGAGUUGUAUUCCUCCAACAUGGAAAAUAAGGUUUUCUAUUUACACGACAAUUUGCUUUUAUACGCUUUGGAUAAUUUACCCAUUUCCAGCCCUGCCAAAGACAUGAAGAUGUGUGAAAAUAUAAAGAACCAGUUUAUCAAUCAGUACUGCAGCACAGUUUCCUUCUCCUAUGACUUUGUUAUGUCUGAGAGUACGGAAGUACAGAGACUUAGUAUUUACGCGCAUUCGAUAGUGCCUAUUUUUUUGUUCCUAUCCUCUCACCGUAUCUUAUGGCAAUGUUUGUCUCCCCACAUCCCGUUGCUGACGCAGAUGGCAUUCAUCCAGACGGACAUCAGUCGGUCCCUGUGGGUAAUACUGAAGGAGUACUAUUUUAGAAGCUUCAUGCGGGAGAAGCGCAGUGGGAAAAAGGGCGACUUGUGUUUUGACUCCCGGUUGGUCAAGAUUGAGAGGGUGAAGAAGAACGUAGUGGGGUGA